GGGAUGGAUUAUUUUCAAUGCCAAACACAUCCCUUUCCAGCAUCGCAGAAAACCCUACCAUAUAUAAUCUCUUGUUUCACCUCAAGGGGUAGCUUCUCAUCCAGUCCUUCGGUUCGUCAAAAUCCUAAAACGUUCUGAUGGCGCCAAAGAAGGAUAAGGCUCCACCACCGUCAUCGAAGCCAGCCAAAUCUGGUGGAGGGAAGCAGAAGAAGAAGAAGUGGAGCAAGGGAAAACAAAAGGAGAAGGUGAACAACAUGGUUUUGUUUGAUCAAGCGACCUAUGACAAGCUUCUUAGUGAAGUCCCCAAAUACAAGCUUGUCACUCCUUCAAUCUUGUCUGACAGAUUGAGGAUUAACGGUUCACUUGCACGCAGAGCAAUCAAGGAUUUGAUGGCCAGAGGUUCAAUUAGGAUGAUAUCUGCACAUGCUAGCCAGCAGAUCUACACUAGGGCCACUAACACCUAGUAAAUGUACUUUUUUUCAUAUUAUGAAUUGGAAGUUAGUCCCUUUUAGUUGUCUUUCCUUUUUACUUAGAGAACUUUUUCUUGGGGAGAAAAUUACUCUGGGAACUUCUGUUAUAUCAUUUUUAUGCCGAACAUUUAUUGUCUAGUUGAAUUCUGAUGUGGUUUAUAAGAUGAGUUUUGGAUUUGUUAUGUA